GACCGACCCCAGGCCCAGAUCUCCAUGGACGCUGACUCCACCUUCUUUGGCAUCAUGCAGCUUACCUGAGCUCCGCUGAAGAGCAGAAGAGAUUUGGCCCAAGUCUUUGGAAGGCAAGAUCUGCACCACCAGGAGCUGUCCCAGCAACACCAGAACCUGACGUCAGUUCCUGACGGACUGGACCCAAGGCUUAGGGGACUGGACCUCUCCCACAACAUGAUCAGGCAGCUGGGCCUGCUGGCUCUACCAGACCUGAAGAGACUGGACCUCAGCUAUAACCAUCUUGAGCUCAUGGAUGAUCUGGUUUUCCAGUAUGUUCCAGAACUGAUAGAACUGAACCUGGCCCGUAAUGAGCUGAACAACAACGUUGAGAUAAACAGCAAAACCCUACAGCGCCUCCAAACAUUGAGGAGGCUGGAUAUGUCUCUGAACAGCUUAGAUGGUGAUGCAGUAGGACUUUAUAUUUCCAACAUGUCCUCUCUGGAACACCUAGAUCUCACAGGAAAUACUUUGAUGAAACUAAUGUCAAAAUCCUUUACAGGAGCCAAGGGCUUGAGAACGAUUUCCCUUGAAAAUAAUCUCAUAUCACAUAUAGAGCCGGGGACAUUUAUAACUUUGAGAGAACUAGAAAGUUUGAACUUGGCCCGAAACAAUUUGGCCCACAUCUGUGACUUCAAACUCCAUCAGGUGAAAUUCUUGAACCUGAGCCGAAAUUCUAUUGAGUUCUUUGUAACACACGAGGAUGAGGAAUUGUACAAACUUGAAAUCUUGGAUCUGAGUCACAACAACCUCCUUUAUUUUCCAAUUGUCCCAAAGACCAGUCAUCUGAGACACCUUCACCUGCAACACAACAUGUUGGGGGCCAUGAGCACAGAGGUCCAGGUGCCAGAGUCCAACACUCUUUACAAAGAGAUCACGUGUGCGAAGAACAGUACUUUAGAGAACGAUAACAUAUAUUCCAACUGGAGGCACAUACCGUUGGUUUAUAUGGACUUGAGUAACAAUCACUUCAGGUACUUUCCUCUACAAACCCUGAGGUAUCUGACAGCUUUGGAAACACUGAAUUUGAGUACAAACUGUUUGUCUGAUUUCAGCUAUGACUCUGCGCAGGAUGGUACUGUGGGAAACUUUGCCCAACCGCUCUUUCCCUCCUUGCGGUACUUUGACUUGCAAAACAAUGACAUCACACACUUAUCCCCCCUCUCUCUACAGUCCCUGCCUCGUAUAGAGACUCUGAAUCUACAACAGAACACCGUGAAGCCAUGUGAACCAAGACCAAAACCAGACAACAUGACAAAACGAAGCCCACAACCUGAUUUGUCCUGCGUCAACUUCAGCCAAAUUAGGACUCUAAGACAUCUUAACUUACAAGACAAUGGCAUAGAGGUUCUCCAUCCAAGAACUUUUGAUCAAACACCUCUCGUUUCUCUCAAACUGGCAAGGAAUGAAGAUUUGAUGAUACGCUUGGAUACCUUGGAGGGUGUCCAGAGAAGUUUACAGUCACUUAGUAUCAGUGAAAUUAACAUGACAAACACUGACUGGUCUUUACCUUGUUUAACAGCACUGACUCAGCUUAACAUUUCCUACAACAACCUAGUUGCGAUCCCUGACAGCAUUGUAUGUUCUCCAAUAAGAGAGCUUGAUGUUAGAAAUAAUGCUUUUGUUUCAUUAGAUGAUUCUUUGGUUGCUAAUUUGUCUGUGCGUCUUCAAGUUCUAUAUAUUAGUGGAAACGCUUUAAACUGCUGUGAUACAAACUGGCUGAUAAUCUUGAGGAAAGCCAAGGUUAACAUUCCAGACCUUUAUAAAUCGGAAUGUAUCACAGCUUACAAUGGAAGCCUUAUACUGCUGACUGAGUUUUUACACAAUCCUUCCCUUUUUUGUUUGUAUGAGUCUGGGACACCAGAACUGAGUUUUGUACUGGUUAUAAUAUUCAUCCUAUUUGUGUCUACUGCGUUUACAACAUUGGUUGUGUGUAUACAAAAAGUGUGUUGCCAAAGAAGAUCUUUUAUUGUGUGAAAUAACAGAUGUAUUUAUGUCAGAUUUCUCAAGUCUCCCUCUUUGCUUACACCACAUCUACAUAAUUGUCAAAACAUACUAAAGAAUACUAAGAAGUUAGCUAGUACAGGUGGAGAAUGGAUUUAUACAAUAACUUGAAGACGCCAGUAGAGAACUGCAUGCAUAUUACUCUGCUACAGUAGGACCAACCUUUCACAAUGUCUGU